AUGGCUGAAUCAAAUGUUGAACACAAUUUGAAAGAAGAUUUUGUCGAAAAAUGCCGAACUGAUGUUGGACACCAGCAUCCAAUUAUUAUUCUUGAUGAUAGGAAAGAUAAAAAAAAAAUAUACGAACAAGUGUAUGCUGAAUAUAGUCGUAUUAGCAAACGACCUGCACAUAUAUUCGACAAUGCGGACGAAUGUUAUGAUUUUGUUACGACCGAGUUAUGUAAUAAUAUACACACUAAGGCACUUGUCUUAGUACGAGAUAAAUUAAUUAAUGAUAUUAUUAAGGAUAUUGUUUCUUCCGAUCAAAUUCAUAAUAUUAUUAUCCUCAACGAUAAUCCACCAAGUAAAGAAGAAAGAGAAUCAAUGAAAAAUUAUUCCAAAGUACGUGAAUAA